AUGUUAUCUGGGAAUAUAUUUGGUCAACGUGCCUCAAUAUUGGCUGCUGAGGUCUUAACGUUAAUUGCAUUAGGUCUCAGUAUUGCAGCUAUUCUGAUGUCAUCAUGGCAGGUGGUUAAUCUGCGUGAAUAUAACUCAAUUCAUGAGCAUGGCUUAUGGUUAGACUGUACAAGGCAUACGCGAGAUGGUCCAAAUAAUCCUUUGGCUAGAAGGUUUCAAAAUUUUAUUUGUAUAAAUUUUAUAUUCGUUAUAUAUAUAUUAAGAUAUUUAAAUUUAUAUACCAUGUUUCCUAGUUCUUUGUAUGUGUAUGUGUGGUUUUUUUAGCU